AUGAACGGGCAGGAUAGGAGAAGAAUACUUGGCCCUUCGAAUUCGAAGGCGCUCAAAUUCGGUGAUCUGGUGCCAGCUCAGGACUCGAAGGCUGGCACUGGAGAGGUGUCUGGCGAUAGCGAGGCAUCAAUGUUCAUACAAGAUGGGAUGAUAGUGAACGCCAAUGGAUCCUCGUACCUAGAGGUGAAGGCAGAGACACAUAACACGCUUCUGGUGACGACAGCAUACGGUCCGCGGCCGAUUCGUGGGUCGUUCACAUCGAGAGCUGCGAUAUCCGUGCACUUUAAAGAGGUCACACUCGAACGCUGGGACAGCGGGGAGGUUACUGAAAUGUGCAACUUUCUAAACACAGUGUUCAGCGCCGCAAUCAACGUGGAGCGGUAUCCAAAAUCGGGUAUCGACAUCUUUCUGAAUUUGAUCCAGCACAGCAAUGUACGGGAUGACAAGACAUUAAAUCUGGCGGAGGUCCUGCCAGACUGCAUCAGUGGGAUCACACUAGCUCUGAUGGAUGCAGGUAUUGAGCUAAAGGAUGUGGUAGCUGCGGGGAGGCAUGGAUGUAAUGUAGUCGCCUUUGUGAACAAUGCGGAGACGAUACUAGGCUUCUGGCAGGAAGACGAUUCCGAUGUGAUGGAGAUUGUAGAUGAAUGUAAGAAAGGCUACUUCAGACAACGGGAUGCCAUAAUUGAGCAUGUAGUAUCGAAAAAUAAAAGCUAG